UUCCAUUUAUGUCGACAUCAUCGCUUUGUCUCUUAUUUCCUGAUUUCUUAUCCUCCAGCAAGUGCAACUGUUAGAAUUCUCCAAGUCAGAAGAUCUGACCCUGAAAAGCACCCUAAGUUUGUUCUGCUAUGGGGUCGUUCAAUGUCACUCACCCUGCAUUCUUCCUCCUGACUGGUAUCCCUGGUCUGGAGAGCUCUCACUCCUGGCUGGUGGGGCCCCUCUGUGUGAUGUACGCUGUGGCCCUUGGGGGAAAUACAGUGAUCCUGCAGGCUGUGCGAGUGCAGCCCAGCCUCCAUGAGCCCAUGUACUACUUCCUAUCCAUGUUGUCCUUCAGUGAUGUGGCUAUAUCUAUGGCCACACUGCCCACUGUACUACGAACCUUCUGCCUCAAUGCCCGCAACAUCGCUUUUGAUGCCUGUCUAAUUCAGAUGUUUCUUAUUCACUUCUUCUCCAUGAUGGAAUCAGGUAUUCUGCUGGCCAUGAGUUUUGACCGCUAUGUGGCCAUUUGUGACCCCUUGCACUAUGCCACUGUGCUCACCACUGAAGUCAUUGCUGCAAUGGGUUUAGGUGCAGCUGCUCGAAGCUUCAUCACCCUCUUCCCUCUUCCCUUUCUUAUUAAGAGGCUGCCUAUCUGCAGAUCCAAUGUUCUUUCUCACUCCUACUGCCUGCACCCAGACGUGAUGAGGCUUGCCUGUGCUGAUAUCACUAUCAACAGCAUCUAUGGACUCUUUGUUCUUGUAUCCACCUUUGGCAUGGACCUGUUUUUUAUCUUCCUCUCCUAUGUGCUCAUUCUGCAUUCUGUCAUGGCCAUUGCUUCCCGUGAGGAAUCUCUCAAAGCUCUCAACACAUGUGUGUCACAUAUCCUGGCUGUACUUGCGUUUUAUGUGCCAAUGACUGGGGUCUCCACAGUGCACCACUUUGGGAAGCAUGUCCCACACUACAUACAUGUCCUCAUGUCAAAUGUGUACCUAUUUGUGCCUCCCGUGAUCAACCCUCUCAUUUAUAGUGCCAAGACAAAGGAAAUCCGCCAAGCCAUUGUCCACAUGUUUCGCCACAUCAAAAUAUGACUUUCACACUUGGCUUUAGAAUCUGUUGUUUAUUUCGGCCAUAGGUUCUCAUCAGUAGCAUCAUCAUCAUCAUCAUCAAAGUAUAAGAUAGAUUAUGUGCUGUGGGGAAAGUAGGCCA